CGCGGGAGUUAAUGAGUGGGUGUACAUUCCAUUAAGAACUGAAGUUAUGGCUGACCUUCCUCCUACGCAGGAUAUUGAUGAAACACAUGAUUACAUAUCACAAAAAAUUGACUCCUCCAUAGUUUGGGGGAGAUUGCUUCCCUUAGAUAGCAGGUUCCCUUCAAUUGGUUUGGUGGCUUUCAAUAACAUUGGCCCUUAUCAAUAUCGUUAGAUUUGAUCAAUGAGUCUUAUACAUUCGGUCGUGGUGAUGACUGCUCCUUCAGAUUUGUUCUUGAUAUGUUUGACGGUUCAUCACAGUUCACAACAGUUAGUAAACUCCACUUCAAAAUAGUUUUGGAAUCAACGAGUAACAAUCCUCUGGUUUUUAUACAUGAUCUUAGCAGCAAUGGAACUUUUGUCAAUGGGUCAAAAAUUGGACGUGGCAAGAAGCAACCGUUAAAUAACAACGAUGAAAUCUCAGUAUCUCUAAAAAAUUUAAAAUGCUUUAUAUUUUCUGAAUCCAGCUCCGCUCGUGCUCUCUAUCCAGCUGAAGUGACAGAUAAAUAUACUGUUUCAAAGCAUAUCGGACGAGGUGCCUAUGGGGAAGUUAAGCUGAUCUUUGAUAAGGAAUAUUGUGAAAAAUACGCAAUGAAAAUAGUUCAGAAGAAACACUUUUCCUUAGCUUCAAAAUUUGGCAAGCAUUCCACUAGUUCAAUCGCUUCUGAAGUGGAUAUUUUAACGCGUUUAAAUCACCCAUGUAUCAUUCAGAUCUACGAUGUUAUAGAUACGACAGAAGCGAUGUACAUGGUUCUUGAGCUUGUUGAAGGUGGUGAACUCUUUAAUCGUAUUGUCGACCUUGGUCAAUUAAAUGAAUCUGAUUCCAAGUUUUUCUUUCUUCAAAUGGUUAUAGCCGUGAAGUACUUACAUGAUCAUGGAAUCACUCACCGUGACUUAAAGCCUGAAAAUAUUCUCCUCACAAGUAAAGCAAAUCGAUGUCUUAUAAAAGUGACUGAUUUCGGUGUAUCAAAACUUGUUGAUGAAGGGACAAUGUUGCGUACAUUUUGUGGUACUCCAGACUACUUGGCUCCAGAAGUUCUAAAAACUGCUGGUUGUGGUACAUACACAUGUGUUAUUGAUGUAUGGUCACUCGGUGUGAUUUUGUACAUUUGUUUAGUGGGAUAUCCUCCAUUCACUAAACAACGUCAAGAUUUUGAUUUAGAAACUCAAAUUAUUAAUGGUUUAUAUGAUUUUCCCAAGAUGUUCUGGCAUGGAAUAAGUGAAGAAGCUAUAAAUCUUAUUAAACAUAUGCUUGUUGUCAAUCCAGUUAAUAGGAGUUCAAUUUAUGAUGUUUUAGAAGAUCCUUGGCUUAUUGAUGCUGAAAUUCAAAAUGAAGUUCAACAAUUGAUAAGUCAUGCAAGUAAAACUGCCGUAUCUUCUAAUCACUCUCAAUUAAAUGUUUCAAAACAAAUCUAUCUGUCAUCAUUAUCACAAGGAAUUUCAUCAAAUAAUCAUUCUCCUGAAACUACCAAUCCAUUUGACUGUCAUUCAAAUAAACCUAUUGAUUUACUUUGUCCCAACGAUGCCCAACUCAGCGUAGAUGAACAUGCAGCAGAUGUCGAAAAUGACAGUAAUAAUUAUACUAAUGAAAGCAAAGAAAGCAAUCAAUGUUUAUUAACCGAUAAGGCUGUGAUCAGAAAACGUCCUACAUUAAGUUCACUAGACUCUGUAUUGAAAUCUCCAAAAGUGCUUAUUAUCUCUUCCAAUGAAAAAGCCAUAAGUGAUCAAGGUGAAUCAAAAUAAAACAAGAAAUGGAAAGAAAACUAUUCACGAGUAACCAACCAACACUCAUUAGAUUAUCAUUUAUAUAUUCCUUUCCAAAUUCCUACUAUUUAGAUUCUUUUUUAUUUCUUUCAUUAUUUUGCUUUCUCACUAAUUUUAUUUGUGCAUAUUUUUGGUGCCCAUAAGAUAUUUCAUUAACUUAUCAAUUAGUGAAUAGAACUAAUGUCGUUUAAUUUCAAGUUUUAAUCCAAUUCUCAUUGUAGAUAUACCUGCUACUACACUUACUACAUUAUACUUUGUGCUCUCCCUUAUUAUAAGUCCUGUCUUAUUUCACUAAAAUAUUGUUUUCUGUAAGUCGUUUGUUUAUCUACCUAUUUAGGGAGGUGGGAGAACAAAGUUUUAUUCCACAGAUGUGUAACAAAGUAAUGAACUGUGUUACACUUUGUACACUUAUCUUGGUAUUUUCUUCUACAAAAAAUAAACAAUUUGUGACAUGUAGC